AUGUCACUAGAGCACGGUAUUCUCCCCCUCACGGGAAAAGCCAUCACCUGUUGGUACAAGCCGGGCCAAACAUGGACAAGCCAAUUUGGAGAGUUGGCAACCACAGUUGAUGAAUGCAGGGCUGAGCUUGUCGGCGCAUAUCUCAUGGACGAUCCUGAAUUACUCUCGCUUUUUGGUUUCACAACAGACUCUGAGAUUACAAACGAUGACCAUGAGUCUCCUUCACAGUCUAACAUAUUUACAUAUAUCCUGUAUCUCCAACUAGGUGUCGAUGGCCUUCGAGGGCUACAGAAUUUCAACAUUGACAAUAAGAAAUGGGGCCAGGCGCAUAGCAGAGCUCAUUUCGCAAUGUUGAAAUGCCUAGUGACCGACGGGAACGGAUUUAUGUCUGUUAAGUGUGACUUAACUGAGAAAAGUCUAAUCGUUCAGGUGGAUCGUUCCAAGAUCCGUACUCAUGGCAAACGAGCCCUUCGAAAUAUGCUGUUGAGACUUCACAUAUAUCGUUGUACAGCUGACAUUCAGUCAUGUCGCACGUAUUAUGAAGAAUUGUCAAAAGUAGAUGGCAAAUACCUCGAAUGGCGGGAUAUAGUUCUUGCGAAUAAGGAGCCGAAAUGGGUGUUUGUCCAGGCGAACACUUUCCUCCAUGGAGAUCAAGUACGCAUCCGAGAGUAUGAUGCGACCGACGAAGGCGUCAUCCAAAGCUGGGCAAAGCGGAGGGUGUAA